ACCAUUUUGAUUGUUCUUCAUCCUUUUCUCUUCCCAUACUUGGAAUCUACACCGUAGCUUUGUCUCAGAACGCAGUCCCUCACUUCUGUUCUAACAAGAUGAAAGGCUUCAUCAAGAUUCUUCUGCUCCUUGGCCUCCUGGCCGUGACAACCAGGACCGUCGCUCAAGAGACUGAGGAGGCGAAGUUGACGAGUGACUCCGAAAAGGUUGCCGCGUCCAGCAACCUCACUCCUGAUAAUGCGCUCGCUGGCGCUCCACAGAAUGAGGUGGCUGCCACAGAAAAGGUGACAGACGAGAAAGGCAGCGGUGAAGAGGCUGCGGAACCCGACGAGGACAAGAAAGACGAUGGCGAGGCAACGAACAAUGAGGACGAACAGAAAGGCGAUGACGAUGCAAAGGAUCACGCUGAUGAACAGAAAGACGAUAAGAAGCAAGGUAAUGAUGAACACUCCUCCCAGAAACUCUCGUUUAUCGAAUGCGACUGCAGAAAAAAGCGCGUUCGCGGCACCGGCGCUCCCUGUUCUUGUGCUGACCUUGUGAAAGAAGCGUUCCGCCACAGCCUGCUGCCUUGGUUUCUCCCUGGAUUCUUUCCGAGACAAGAGUCGGAAGGUAGUACGAUGAAACCGCGCCUCUCGGGCCGUCAACGGCUUCUGGGACUCGGCAAUCUUUUCGGUGGAUACUAUCCCGGCUACGGCUACGGAUAUCCUGGAUAUGGCUACGGAUAUGGCUAUGGCUAUCCCGGCUACGGCUAUCCUGGAUACGGCUUCGGAGGCUUCGGUCCUGGUUUUGGUGUUGGCUUCACAUUCUAA